AAAAUUAUUCUGGUAUUUCCCAGACAAGUUGUGAAUUUUCGAACAUCCGUCGAAAUAAUUCCUACCCUUAACAUAGCUCGUUCAAAUUGUGAUAGGUCUUGAACAAGUAUAAAAGAAAUUGGAAACAAGGGAAAAAAGGGAAAAAGCAGCAAAGUACGAAGCAGAGUUCCAAGGAUGUCUACAAUAACUAGGAAGUUGUCAAGUCGAAUAGUUCCUGUCUUUCGAAAAAUAUCUACAAUGUCCUUAUUCCAGGUGAUGGAACCCUCAUUGGAUCCAAAAGUUUUCAAUGUCAACGAAGUAGCUGUUGGACUCAAUUUAGUUCUUUUGUAUGGAUUUGCUGCUGUAACCGUGAUCGUUCCCACUCUGCUUGGUGUCUCACAACGUGGAUUUUUCUGUGAUGAUGAUUCGAUUCGAUAUGAAUAUCGGAAAGAUACAAUAACUGCAGUACAGUUGAUGCUGUAUAAUUUAGUGCUCAAUGCAGCAACAGUAUUGUUCGUCGAAUAUUAUCGAAUGCAAAAGGUAGAAUCAAAUAUCAAUAAUCCGAGAUAUCGCUGGAGAAACAAUCAUCUUCACGUUCUCUUCGUCCGACUUUUGACAUAUUUUGGAUACUCUCAAAUCGGAUUCGUUAUGAAUAUCGCCUUGAAUAUUGUAACAAAACACGUCGUUGGCAGACUUCGUCCGCAUUUUCUCGAUGUCUGUAAGCUAGCAAAUGAUACUUGCGUCACUGGAGAUUCUCACAGAUACAUCACCGAUUAUACGUGUACAGGACCACCAGAGUUGGUACUAGAAGCACGAAAGAGUUUCUAUUCAGGCCAUUCCGCUGUUUCACUUUACUGCGCGACGUGGUCAGCGCUUUACAUUCAAGCUCGUCUAGGCCCUGUCCUGAAUAAUCGAAUUGUAGUGCCAAUAUCGCAGACACUGAUGUUUAUGAUUGGACUUGGAAUUAGCUUCUCCAGAAUCACUGAUAAUAAGCAUCAUUGGAGCGAUGUUCUUGUCGGAAUUUUCAUUGGAAUAUUCUUGGCUGUUUACACUUGUACCUUCUGGACAGAUUUGUUCUCAAACAAUUCAACUGAAUCUGAAACACAACCUCUUCUGCUUCCUCGACCACCCCGUACUCCCAGAAACUCUGAAGAUGAGGAGCGACAUCGAUUGGAUGCAGUUUUACCUUCUACGGAUAGUUCUAUUGUUUUUGAAGCUACUGGACCGCAGGACUCGGAUACAAUUUUGUUGCCGGUUCCGCAAAGUGCAUAAUGCAAUUUUCUUGUUUUUAUUCGAAUUUUUUGUUUUAAAUAUAAAUAAUUUUUGCCCUUA